AUUUCGAGUGACAGGCUGGGCCAGACGGCUGUGCCAUAGAAGCGGCCAGGGAGCUGGGGCGAGAGCCCACCUAACAGUUUCAGUUUCCCUGCGUGCAGCCCUGAUGUCUCAUCAGCCGUGAGCGAGGAGAAAAGACACAAGUAAGGACCCCGGGGGCCACACAGAGGAUGUCUGCAGAUAUCCCAUCCAAAGGUGGAUGUUGCGAUGUAGAGAUAUGGAGAUGUAAAUCACUUAUUCUGUGAAGAUUUAUCACAUUAUUGUAUCCAAAGAAAAUGUUAAUAGAAAAAUUAACAAUUGUGUGGAGCCUAGAACCAGUGUCUUCAGCUCGUCCUCCGUUUUAAAGGUUGAUAUCUUCAUGUAAGACUGGGGAGAAAUGGCGGUAUUCGACACCCCCUACCAGAGGCUGGAGGUCUCGUACACAGACUCGCCUAUGGGGGAGGAUGACCUCUUGGUGCAUGUGCCAGAGGGGAGUAAAUCUCCAUGGAAUCACAUUGAGAACCUUGAUCUCUUCUUCUCCAGAGUAUACAACCUGCACCAGAAGAAUGGAUUCAUGUGCAUGCUGAUCGGAGAGAUGUUCGAGUUGUUGCAGUUCAUCUUCGUUGUCAGUUUCACCACCUUCCUGGUGAGUUGCGUGGAUUAUGACAUCCUUUUUGCAAACAAGAUGGUGAAUCACAGUCAGAGCGAAAACAACAAAGUGACGCUGCCAGAUGCCUUCCUGCCCCCUGGAGUCUGCAGGGACCGAAUUCAGGAGAACUUGUUCCUCAUGGUCCUCCUGGUCAUCGCUGGUGUCUUCUGGAUCCACAGACUCAUCAAGUUUAUCUAUAAUGUCUGCUGCUACUGGGAGAUCUACAACUUUUACAUCCAAGCACUGCGUAUCCCUAUGGCAGAUCUCCCUUAUUACACCUGGGAAGAAAUCCAGAGCAGAAUCGUUCAGAUCCAGAAAGAGCACCAGAUCUGCAUCCACAAGAAGGAGUUGUCAGAACUGGACGUGUCUCAUAGAAUUUUGCGCUUUAAGAACUACAUGGUCGCCAUGGUCAACAAGAACCUUCUGCCGCUCCAGCACCGGCUCCCUCUGCUGGGCGAUACAGUCUUCUACACCCGUGGCCUCAAGUACAACUUUCAGCUCAUUUUCUUCUGGGGUCCCGGAUGCCUCUUCCAGAAUGAGUGGAGUUUAAAGCCCGAGUACAAGCGAGCAGGAGUGCGCCUGGAGCUAGCGGAGAAGCUGUCUCAGCGCAUUCUCUGGAUAGGGCUCGCCAACUUGGUGCUUUGUCCGCUUGUCCUCGUCUGGCAGAUCCUCUAUGCCUUCUUCAGCUACACAGAAGUUUUGCGCCGAGAACCUGGGAGCCUUGGGGCAAGAUGCUGGUCCCUGUAUGGACGCUGCUAUCUGCGGCACUUCAAUGAGCUGGAUCAUCAGCUGCAGGCGAGGCUGAGCCGAGCGUACAAGCCAGCCAGCAAAUACAUGAACUGCUUCCUCUCCCCGCUCCUGGCGGUGGCUGCUAAACACUUGGGGUUCCUGGCGGGUUCCAUCCUUGCGGUGCUUAUAGCACUUACCGUCUAUGAUGAAGACGUGCUGGCGGUAGAACACGUGCUGAGCGCUGUUACACUACUGGGAGUGGUGGUGACUGUCUGCAGGUCGUUCAUCCCAGACCAGCACUUGGUUUUCUGUCCGGAGCAGCUUCUUAGGGUCAUCCUGGCUCAUAUUCACUACAUGCCCGACCACUGGCAGCGCAGCGCCCACCGAGCCGAGACUCGAGGAGAAUUUGCAAAACUUUUCCAGUACAAAGUGGUCUUCAUUCUGGAGGAGCUCCUGAGUCCACUGCUGACGCCCCUGGUACUAAUAUUCCGGCUGCGUCCAAAGUCUUUGGAGAUCAUUGACUUUUUCCGAAACUUCACAGUUGAAGUGGUGGGAGUCGGGGACACCUGUUCUUUUGCGCAAAUGGACGUCCGUCAGCACGGCAAUCCUGCGUGGAUGUCUGCCGGCAAGACCGAAGCUUCAGUUUACCAGCAGGCAGAGGAUGGAAAGACUGAACUGUCACUUAUGCACUUCGCCAUCACCAAUCCCCGCUGGCAGCCUCCCCGAGAAUGUUCCGCGUUCCUGACGCAUCUGCGAGAACGAGUCCAGAAAGAUAGCGGCGUAUCGACACCGAAAAACCCCCCUGGACCAGGACAUCACCUGCACUUCUCCGGGUUAUCAAUGCAGUCCGACUCCGAGCCGCACAGUCUGAUGGCGAACAUGUUCCACGUGAUGUCCCCUUCAGCAAUGCCUCCGCAGACGGAUGUUCUCUGUUCUCCACACGUCUCUGCUGUGUCAGAGGUGGCAUCGGCUCUGCGUUCCCUUUCACCGCAGCAGUCCGGUCACGUGGCUCAAAACCAGAGCGGCCUUGAGUUUAGAAACAGCAGCUUUGGGAGCAGUUUGUGGGAGGGCCCUAUGACCAGCGGGCCCCUGUCCGAAUACGCCUCCAUGGAGAUGAGCCUGCACGCAUUGUACAUGCAUGAAUUACAUCAGCAGCACACUCGGAUGAUGCCGGGCCGGCACAUAUGGCACAGGCAGGAGAGCGAUGAGAGUGGAGAGAGUGUGUCAGGGGAUGGACUUAUUAACACUACAUCCAACAUACCCACCUCUGCCAGCUGCCCGUCACCCACUACUCUGCUCAGAGAGGAUAGGAUGCCGCCAUUCAGUGCACACAGGUUCAGUGCCAGCACAGACUUUGGAUCAGUUCAGAGACCCGCAUCUAACUUAGCCCGGCAGCCCAUGGGUGGAUGGAGCGAAGACACUCAAAGUGCCCAUCACCCAGAAACUGUGCCAGAGGAAGGGUCUGAAGAUGAGCUACCACCUCAGACUCAUAAGGUGUAAAAUAUCUUCUUCACAACCUCAAGAAGUGACCUGUAGACUUCUCCCGCCCUUGGAAAUUCUUGGGAGAGUGAAUGUGCCCAUAGUCCACGUGUACGUGAGUCUGGCUCUGUAUCCCUUCAGUGUCUGUAUACCUCUGUAUAUAUGAAUCUUAUGGUCUCACCUGUGCGCUUGAGAAUAUACUGGACUGGAUUUGCACUGGACGAUCAGAUUCUGCGAGCGUCGCUGUUAUCACGGAGAAACGUUGCACAAGUGAUCCUUCCCGAUUCUUCAUUGUAUACUUCUCUUCUGUAUCUGACCUCAUCCGACAUAAAGGGAAUAUACUAAAACCCUGCACUGGAGAAGCCUUCUUCUACCGUCUUCUGUAUGAAAAGACUUUAAGGGAGGUUUAUACUUUUGCAACCUCGUUUAUUGCUCCAAUUAAUUUUAAAAAAGACGAUCAAGCCACUUUGCAAAGAGUACUAUUUUGUAUUUCAGCUCCUCUGCAGACCUAUGCGUCUUUACAGUUUAAAAUGUAUUGUGUUACUGCCCUCCCCAAUCUUGUGAACCUGCUGUCGCAGAGUAACACAUAACUGCGAGAUCAGACUACACACAGGGUUUGUUUGUAGUCUGUAACCAUGGAGACACACAGGUCUGUAUAGCUGGUGUAUACACAAAGAAAACACAAGUAUUUACAAAGUUGCUUCUUCUUUUAUUUUAGAGACUUGGAGCAAUAAAAUAAUUGGUUGCAGAGAAAUAAACGCCGGCUGAUUUAAAUAUAUAAGACUGGAUCUUUGGGUUUACAUAGGUUCAUUGUUCUAAGUCUAUAGGGAACCACUAACUCCAUCUGCAAUGUUUUGUAUAGAAAUGUAUAUUGCAUCUUUUGUACCAUUGUAUAAUAUGAAUUAAAAUGAAUUCUCUGUAACGUGGAA